AUGGAGGCAUGGCAGGCUGCCGAAAGGGAAGAGGAAAAGACGAAGGAAGUCCGGCUGGAAGGCGCCGUGAAAUGGCUCUGCUUCGUCUCGUCGAUCACGGGGGAUUUCCCGUUCGGCGGGAUCUUGGGGUCGGGGGGACCGAGGUUUCGGUGGCUCUCCUUCCCCUCCGUUCGGCCUUGGAUUCGUCUCGUCUUGCACGGACUCCUCUAUGUUUACUUCUUCUACGUCUUACGCGAUGCGGUGUCGUCUGCGUUUUCGAGGGAGAGCAAGACGUUCGACGACGCCCAGCUGAAUGCGAGCUACGGCCUGCUCGUUCGGAGAUCGCUGACGGCCUUUUUCGCUUUCGCGAGCGUGAUGACCACGACUAGUCUCGCUUACGUCAGCCUCAUACUUCUGACCCUCUUCAAGGGGAAGAGUCUGCAAAAAGCCCUCGGAGAAGUCCUGGAACUCGGGUCCUCGGUGCACGUCUCGUCUCGAAGGAUUUUCCUCCAGUACUCGGUCCUGUUCGCCCUGAACAGCCUUUUCUCCUUGGCCUCCGGCAUGAUGGCAUGGAAAGCUGGCUUUUCCUGGUCCAUGGCCCUAGUAACGAUCGUCAUGGGCUCGUCCCACAACCACACGUUUCUUUUCCUGCCCCAUCUUUCCCUCUACCUCUGCACUCUGGUGGCCUCGGCCUACGACCGACUGCGAGUCUCCCUCGAAGAUCCCCAGAACGACGCGUGGAAGUCGGCUCAUCUCUGGGAUCGACGGCUCAAGGACGUCGUUCGGGGUCUCGGCUCCUCCUUGGGGCUGCAGGUCUCGGUCCUGCUCGCGGCGACGAUCGUGAACACGACCGCAACCCUGUACAUGGUCCUCGUCGAGCUGGACUUCCGUCAGGGCGCCUUCGACAUCGCCGUCACCCUCCUCCCCUUCCUCACCUCCACCCUCAUUUCGUGGACCGCUUCGGCCGUCUGUCUCCGAGCGGCUCAAGUCAUCCGAGAAGAGGUCCAACCUUUGCGCGACCAUGAAUGGGCAUUGAUGUCUUUCGGCAUGCAGGACGAGAAUUUUCGCCGCCAGAUCAACUGGAGGCUGUUGUCGAAAAUCGAGGAUCCGUCCUGUCCCGAGAAGGAAAUCCAAGCCGAAACGUUCGCGCUAAAGAAGAUCCUGCAAUCCGCCAACGUCCUGAUGACCGGUUCCGGAUUCGUAAGGCUCGGCGAACGGUCUCGAUGGAGACGGGCUCGCGUGAGCGGUGGAGACGACGGGCGGGAGCGAUCCGCGCCUGCCGUGGCGACAGACGACGUCGAACGCAUCGACACGGUCCGGACGAACCGGGUCGUCGCCUUCUCGAUCCGAACCGACGACGUUCUCACGCCACGCGUGCGUGGACUCGCACGUCGGGGGAUCGGCGUCCUCGCCUCGGCCGAGCUCCCGAGGAGUCCCGCCUUUCUUCCGGGUUCCCUCGCGCGUCCUUCCGCGUCGGGCACGGGGGAAGACGGACGCGGGGGAAGACGGACGCGGGGGAAGACGGACGCGACGGAGAGGGGGAUCGAUCGACAUCGGGGAACCCGUUCCCGCUCGGAUGCAGUUCUGCAUUCCGGGAAAGAGAAAUACGGAGAGUCCACUAAAAAUUUACGACAGCACACGUUCGAGGAAAUGGACAUCGGUCACGAUGCACUUCUCCAGCCUCUCCUGGACGUACAACCACGAUUCAGCCUCGUUUCGAUCGGACCACCCUGCAAUCUCCGCCGCACGUUUUAA